AUGUUUCAAAACGUUAUGCUUGCGGUUGUGUUGGUCGCCGCAUCAACUUAUGCCCUUACGACACCUCCAUUAGGGUAUGGUAGACAGAGGUUGUUGCCGCAGUUUAACCAACAUAUAAGUGCUCGGGAGAAUACAUCAUCCUCAACGUGUUCGCUAUAUUCAUCCGCAGAGUCUGUGGCGGCUCCAAAGGCAAAUGUCUGGGCGCAAAUCUCCGCCGAGGACAACUUGGCCGUUUGGAAUUUGCUCCACGACCCAGCGUCUGGAUUGAAUCUUACUGACCCGAAUGAAGCCCUACUUAAUGAUAAUUAUGUAUGGUAUAUCGAUACUGUACAUGUCAAUAAGUCUGAUGUGCUUCCAUAUAUAGAUGAUUUAGGAGUGAAGCCGGGAUCCUGGGCUCGGGCCGUUAUUUUUGAGGGUGGAAAACUCGAACCCGUGUCCCAGGAGUACAUCAUCGGUCCCUUGCCUAUGUCCGGUGAGACGACUAUCCAGAAACUGGAUUAUCUGUACAAUGGAGGAACAGGGGGCUCUGUACCUUUCAACGGACGGUUCUUUGACAUGCAACGUCUUGUGGCGUUGGAACCUCUUCUGGUUUCUGUUAUGUCUAAUAUCAGUGACAUAACCUCGGCUCUGUUAGGGGGGGCCUUCUAUGGGUUUAUGGAUUCCAAGUCAACCUUGAGCGCGACAUCCACAAACCCUACGUCAUUUGACGGAAGCCAAGCAUUCCAAGUGAUAAUGUUCAGGCUCCCCGGGUCUGCGACAUAUUUAAGGCCUCUUGAUUUCUUCGUCAAGCUUGAUGUCACCGGCACGGAUGCCUCCUUAUAUCAACUUAAGGGUAUUAUCACAAACACUAGAUUCUUUCCAACCGUUGGAGAUCUCCGCGCUGCUUUCGAAGCCGGGGAAUUAGUGGAGGAGUUCUACCAGCCAUCCGAUGACGAUUGGGCCCUGGUUAAGUACAAUCCCGAGAUGGGAACACGUGAGCUAGAAGAGAAAUUCGCACCGCAAAAUCUUGAGGUUGGGGGUAAACGAUACAAGAUUGAUCCGGAGCAAAAGUAUGUUGAGUAUCUGGGAUGGUCAUUCUAUGUCGCCCAUACGCGAACGCUCGGUAUCAUGCUAUAUGACAUACGCUUCAAAGGGGAGCGAAUUCUUUACGAGCUGUCAAUGCAAGAAGCAGCGGCGCAAUACGGAGGAUUCCAGCCAAAGGCCGCCACGACGUUGUACCACGAUACCCACUUUUCACUUGGGUUUCCCCUUUCGCGCCAUCGCGCCGAAGAUGCUAGCAACGACUAUGGUUUCACGAAUCUUGGCGUAGUAAAGGGGUCACUCCUGACAUUGCGCUCAAUCGCCACGGUCGGAAAUUACGACUACCUCUUCGAUUAUGCAUUCCACGUCGAUGGCAGUCUCGAAAUAACCGUUCGCGCAUCCGGCUACCUUCAAUCCUCGUUCUUUUACCGGGACCAAGGAGCGUGGGGCCCGCGCAUUCAAGAAGCCACACAAGGGUCUCUUCACGACCACGUAUUGACGUGGAAAGCGGACUUCGAUGUCCUAGGUACCGAGAACAAUCUGCAAGUAACCGAAUUGAAGACAGUCAACACGACGCAGCCCUGGUGGCCAGAACUCGGCGAAUUCGAGCAGAUCACGCUCGAAACACAUAACGUAGCGACGGAGCAACAGCUAAGCUGGGCAGACAACGGCCAGACGAUGUACGCAGUGAACCACGCCAGCAAAACCAACAAAUGGGGUGCGCCGCGAGGGUACCGGAUCGUACCCGGUAAAUCCAACAUCCGACUCAGCACCCUCUCAUCGCCAUUCUCACGGCGCAACACCGCGCUCUCAAAAUCGCAUCUUGCAGUUACACGACAGCAUGAUUCAGAACCAUGGGGUAACAGCGUGCAGAAUCUAAACAUGCCAUGGAAACCACAACAAGAUUUCGCCAAAUUCUUUGAUGAUGAGAGUGUGGAAGGCGAGGAUUUGGUUGUAUGGCUUAAUUUGGGUAUGCACCAUUUUACGCGUAGCGAGGAUAUACCCGUGACGUUGUAUAAUGAGGCUGUGAGCAGCAUUAUGUUUGCGCCGCAGAAUUUCUUUGACCAGGCGCAGGAUGGUGAUAUUAAGAAUCGGAGGUGGUAUACGGUGCCUGACGCGACGGGGAGUGGGAAUGCGACGACGACGCUGGUUAGUGAGGCGUAUGGGAUUGAUUUACCGCAGUGUAAGGUUGAGUUACAGGAGCCUAAUAUUGCGCGUGUUGCUUAG